AUGGCUCACCGUAUCACGUCCGGCGUUAUAGGCACGGACAGGAAGGGGGCCUCUGUGUUCAAUCGGCGCGAGAUUGUCCCCUUCAUGGCCGACGUGAAGCAGUUCUCGCUCUUCGUGCAGGCGUUAUUGCAUAUGAUGACCACAGUGGACUCCAACUCGAACUUGUCGUUCUUCCAGAUAGCUGGCAUCCACGGCGCUCCAUACAUUCCUUACGACGGGGCCGGCGUACAGCACGUCGAGCCCACACCGGAAUUCCUAGGCUACUGCUCGCAUGGCUCCGUGUUGUUUCCGACCUGGCACAGGCCCUACAUGGCGCUGAUUGAGCAAGAACUGCAACGUGUGGCGCUCGACAUCGCCCAGAGGUACACCAACUUCAAGCCAGACUGGGUCGACGCAGCCAUACAGCUCCGUUUUCCGUACUGGGACUGGUCCAGCACCGCACGGCCUCCACGAGAGCUUUACACCCAGCCGCAACUCACCGUCGCGCUCCCGCCGCUGGGCAAUUCGGGUGCGAUCGACAAUCCCUUUCUGCUGUACAGGUUCCAGCAGAAACCUGCCGACUUCCCGAACCCGUUCGUCAUGCCGGCCUGGAACUCGCACGAAAUAUCAGGUGCUGAUCGUAGGACAACAUGUAGGAGCCUCUCGGAUAAUGCAUUAAAGGCCCGCAAGGACGGGACCGGCAGGCUGCUCCUGAGCAACCAGAUCGCUACAUGGGGACCAUUCAGUAACGACACCAAGGGCACCCAGCCUUAUCCGGCCGAAAACAGCCUCGAAAAGCUACACGGGAACAUUCAUUAUUCUCUUGGUGGUGGGGCAAAUCGCGGCAAUAUGUCGAGUCCUCCAGUAGCCGCCUUCGACCCUUUCUUCUUCAUACAUCACUCGCAGACCGAUCGCCUUCUCUCGCUGUGGAUGGCCAUGCACCCGGACGAGUGGGUUACCGAUGCCAAGGAAUAUAAGGGCACAUGGACGAUUAAGGCGGGCGGGGAAGUCAGUGCGACGACCUCCCUGACGCCGUUCUACAGCACUGGCGAUGGCCAGUUCUGGGCCUCUGCAGAUCUCCAAGCGCCUACGAAUGGGCUCUUCGGUUACUCCUACCCAGAUUUCGACGGUAUCACAGACUGGAGCGAUAAGGCUGCUGUGCAGAACACGAUCAGGACUCACAUCGAGAGACUGUAUCCGUUUGCGGCUCCCGUCAACCUGUGGCUCGCCUUCGAUGCCGGGGCCUCUCAAAGCCUAUGCCCUCCCCUCCCGUCGAGUGCUACGACCGCCUUGUCCUCCUACCACGGCCGUAAACCCACCAGAGCCGUCCUCGCCUGGUCUGCGCACAUCACCGUGAAGAAGUUCGCGCUCCGCGGCAGCUUCUCCGUGUCCGUCUUCCUUGGAGACCCGCCCUCCGACCCCGAGGACUUCACCGCGAGCCCGAACUUCGUCGGGGACUACGCCGCGUUCGCGCACCCAACGCCGGAGCGCUGCGCGAACUGCACCCGCAUCGGCGACAUCACCGUCGGCGGCGAGGUCGAGCUCACGAGAGUGAUCGUCGAGCGCGCGGAGGUCGCGUCGCUCCACCCCGACGAGGUCGUGCCCUAUUUGCGUCGUGAGCUCUGCUGGCGCGUCUGGACGGGCUCCGGUCCCGCUGUGCAUCCUACCCAAGUGGAGGAGCUCCAGGUCGAUGUCUCGGCCACACCGCACUAUCUGUUGGACGAGGGAGAGGUUGUGGUUGGGGUGCCCGUUUGGUAUCAUGAAGUUACUCGUAGCCUGCCAGGAGGCUGCCGCCACUCUGAAAGUCGGUGCAUGCCCAAUAUAUAA